UUUCCUUGUAAUCUGGUCGAACCUGCUUGGUGACAAGUAGCUACAUAAUUUCGUCGUGUGUCAUGAGGAAAAAAUAAGCUCAUUACGUUUAACCGCACGCUGCCAAAGCGUUCACGCUUUUUGUAAGUUUUACAGUUGCACUUUUUCCUUUUUGGAGUUGUAUAUUUGCGUUUCUUGGCACUGCAAUGGCGUCACCAGAACCGGCUGAAAUCCGCGCCAUUCGUGAGAACUAUAAAAGAGCCCUGCAGUGUCUGAACUCAGGGCUUCAGUAUGACGAGGUGGGGAAUAAGGGACAAGCUCUUCUUCUGUACAAACUGGGCAGGCGGCAUCUCCUCAGAGGGCUCGGGGUGAACACGCAUGGUGAGCGCUGCGUUGGACGCCACUGGGACUUAGCCCGACAGACACAGCUGAGGAUGAGCGAGACUCUGAGCACCAUCACCGAUCGUCUCGGGGUGCUGGAGUCCACAGCGAGCUCGGGUCAGCGCCUUAAUCCGAGCCUUCCUGUCGUUACCACCAGAUCACCUGUCUCAGCUUCAGGGGGGGCCUCUGCUCAUCCUGCCUUCCCUACGGCGGGCUUCACUGCACCCGCUGAACUUCCACCAGCCUACACUCCACAACCGACAGAAGGGCAUCUGUCACUCUCUCAUGGAGGCAACGGGCCAUUUCAAGCUGCUCCAAACCAGACACCCAAGCGCCAGGCCUUUGCCCCAGUCAAUCUCAGAGAGGCUGGCAUGGAGAUUUUGUUCUUGCCCAGAGGGGCGCAGAUGUUCUUCGUUUCUGCUGAGGGUCAUGUCAGCGCCCCUUCUUAUCCAGGGUACCUACGAAUAAUCAUAUACAACAGCCAGAACAGUAAUGCCAGCUAUGCCCCAGCAUACCUACAGGUUUGUGAUUGGAUCUACCCGCUGUACCCAGACUCACCAGUCUUUCUUAGUAACAAAGGUGUGUUCACAUUCCCUGAUACCACCGCAGGAGUGCCGGGGUCCUAUGUUGGGGUGGUGCUGUCUUCAGAGCUGCCUGCAGCAGACAGGCAUCUGUUCCAGGAACAGCUGUCAGCACUGGCACAGCUCAGGGUCCAGGUAGAUGAAGAACAAGGUGGCGCUACAGGAACAGACAUUAACCAGAGUGGGAAGGUUCCUCCUUCAGAAACAUCUGUAACCCAGUCACCAGGAAGGGAGGAUAAAACUGUUCCAGUUUGGAGCGAAAAAAUGUCUCGGGGUAUUCUAGCAGGGACCUCCUGGCUGGGUCGGGGGCUUGAGCGAGGAGGUGAAGCUACCGGUAAAGCCAUCCAGAGAGGAGGAACUAAGCUACGAGAAAACAUUACUCCAGAGGAGACCCCAGCAGAGGUCAGCCCCAAGGUCACCAAAGGUCUAAAUGCAGCCAAGCAGGCCACAGGGGGUGCAGUGAAAGUCAGCCAGUUUCUAGUGGAUGGUGUUGCUGCUGUAGCUGAUAGAGUUGGGAAAGAAGUUGCUCCACACGUGAAAAAACACGGUGGCAAACUCAUCCCAGGAUCCCUCAAGAAACGUAAAGAAGGCUGCUCCAACAUGAAUGGAGCCAAGCUAGUGGCAGGAAGCAGCAUACAAGGUUUGUCAACUCUCUGGUCAAGUCUGGAAACUGCAGCAAAGACUAUUGGCAAAAGUAUAACUUCAGAGACUGUGAAUACUGUGAAGCACAAGUAUGGAGACGAGGCAGGACAAGCUGCAGACACUGCAGUCCAGUCUGCUGUCAAUGUAGGUGUCACAGCAUUUAAUAUGGACAACCUGGUUAUCAAGGGUAUACUGAAGAGCACAGGCAAGCACACUGAAAAUGCAAUGGUGAAAGACGGCUCAGGAGAAGGAACCAAGAAGAAAGAAAAGCCACCUAAGGAUGACAGAAAAUAAAUUAUUAGCUGUCAUCAGUUAACUUAUGUACAUUCUUGUAACAAAAAAGUAUCGUUUUGUAUUGAUAAUGAGAUUGAUAUUAUACUGAGCAAUGUUUGCAGAAGGAUGCACUUAGACAUGUAUUGUAUUAGUUAAAUGUUAUACUCGUGUUACUCAUAUUUUCUUAAAGAUAUUCAGAGUUUUAUGGAAAGAAACAACAACAGGGUAUUUUAUUUUACCUAGUUUGAAUGUUUAUUCUACAAGUAUGUUUGAUUUUCAUUGCAAGUACAUUUUGCAUUCUGCAUUCUUAAACUUGGAAAAUAACUAAGAAUUAACAUCACUGUUCUGGACAUUCUUGUGGCUUAUGUUAACUUUAAGGAAAUGCCGCCUCAUUAAAGUUUACCACAAAAUUUUACAUUAGUUUAAUUGUAGCAGUAAGGAAAACCAUGGUACUAUUUGUAACUUUUAUUUAGUGUAAAUACAACUGCUAUAGUUGUAAUAAAAAGUAGAGUCUUGCCUUUUUCUAAA